AUGGUGGAAGUCCUCGGAACCGUCGCGGCAGCUAUCCAAGUCGCCGAGCUGGGCGCCCGCCUCUCAGUGAAGCUAUGCACCUUCGCGCAUAAGUUCAAGAACGCCAACAAGGCGCUGCGGAGCCUAUCCAAUGACGUCGCACUCACAUGUAGUGUGCUCCGUCAAUUGAGUGAGAGUCUGGGCCAGGAUGACCUGGUCUCACUCUACUCCCCCGACGCGUUCGCUACGGCUCAGGAUGUGUUGGAAGAAUGUGAGAAGGUCUUCAAGGAUCUUGAAGGCGAAAUCGAGCAGCACCAGCCGGAUGCAUCUCCGGCAAAUUCCCGGAUGGAAAGAGCGACUCGAAAAAUUCGGUUCCUCAUGAACGAACCCCGUCUGGAUUCGGUUGCGGGUAACCUGGAGCGAUUGAAGUCGACUAUGCUUCUGAUGCUCAAUGUCAUCAUAUACGCCGGGCAAUUGCGAAGUCGGCGUGAGGUCAGCGAAGCCCAAGAGCAACGCGAGCUUUUGCAAAUGCUGACCAUGGAAAAAGUUGAGAGCGAAAGGAAAUUCGAACAGUUGACAGCAUCAAUCCAGUUCAUUAGUUUGAAUGUACAGAGCAAUCAGACAGGACCAGUCAGCGUGGUCCAAAAUCACAACAGAGUCAACGAUGAGCUUCAGCACUAUUACGACAUGGCGAAAGCUAUCAUCGGAAACAUUGAUAAGGCACAGCAGUUUCUGGAUACGAGCCGAUACCAGAGAGUCAAAGAUGGAUUUAUCAAGCUGCAUUUGGCUGAAGCAAGCCGGUUCAAUCAGACAUAUGGAGCGAGAGCCUGGGAGCUUUUCUCUCAACUGGGAAUUACUCAGGUGCGCGACAGCUAUUAUCCUAGCUUGUCUCUGCUUGAGAUGAACACUAACGUGUAUCGCACAAAAGCCAAAACUCAGAUCGUCGCCAAUGGGGACACUGGAGCCCCAGCAUCCACAUUAUUUCAAUCCGACCAAUCCAAGAAAGAGAAGUAG